AAAUGAUGCAAGUUCCUUCUGGAAUGCAGCUCAUGCAGAUUCCAACUCAAGGUGGCGGCACUGUUACUGUCCCUUAUUCUAUGAAUGCUAACGGUGAGAUUGCGUUCAGUGGAAUGCAACUCAGCCAUCAAGGCUUCUGUGGUGCUCAACUGCGCCAAGGAUUCGAUGCAACUCAAGCUCGAACUCCGCAAGUUGUGAAGACUGGCUAUUUUAAUACCUCAAAUGUCUUCCACAAUGCUAUCAAGGGAAAGGAUGAGAAUGGCAAUGAUGUCUAUCUUAUUCCAUGUCCUGCUGGAACGACUAAUGUCAAACUUCAAUCCGACUGGCACUACGCUAGUAAAAAUGAAGACUUGCCAGAUCUUGCUACUGAAGCAGAUCGAGGUAUGCAGUUUAUUCAAAGCCGCAGAAUCAAAAGAGCUCCGUUUGGUUUGCUCCAUCACGUCAUCAUGGACAGUGGUUGCACCAACACCACCAUUUGCAAUGGUGAACUCAUGCAUGGACUACGUCAAGCUGAGAAAGAGCUCGAUAUGCACACUAACGUGGGCAGCAGAGUUCUCAAUGAAGAAGGGUUUCUAGGAAGAUUUCCGCCUCCAGUCUAUUAA